ACAAGCAUAAUUCAGAUAUAUUUUGCCUUCAAUUAUUCAAAAUAGCAACUGGCUAAACCAGUAUUUCAGACAGAUUGAGCUGUCAAUGUACUUGCGCUUUGUUUAAAGUAACGUCCAGAUAUGAUUUCCUUCUUUGAACGCGUAUGGUUCGUCCUAAUGCUGUAGGGUUUGGAUAUAUUUCUCAUGACGCUUCAAAAGCAAAAUUUUAAUGCGCGUCAUGUGGUAUGGAGUUCAGUGGAAUGAGUAAGACAUCUGAUGAUACAUUUAGUUACUUGAGUUCCUCAGCGACAGCCCAUCCAUCUCUGUAUAAAACCCUGCGAUAUAGCCCGAACAAUGAUUUUGCUGAUAAAGAUUUGUCACAUGCUUCACAUGAUGAUCAAGUUCUCCGGCUAGUUGAUGCGUUCCAUUGCCCUUACAAUAACAACCUUAGGGAAUGUGAAUCUCCUCAAGUCUCUAUGGUGUCAGCUAUGUGCAAUCGUGUUGUCUCACCGGACACAUUUUCUGACUUUGUUGAUAAGUCUUCUGAGUUUGGCCAACCAGAAUCGUUAAGUGAAACAGAAAAGUCAACAGUUCCUGAUAAAGAUGACAUAGUUUCAGUAUCGAAAUAUCCUGAUCUCAAUGAAAAAUCAUAUCCUUGUGUUGUGCAUAAGGUUGCUGCUGACUCUGCUUCCCCAUCAAGUAAUGUAGUUUCAGAUAUUGCCUGUAUUCCUUCUCCGUGUAAUGGGUCUCUGUCUAGACCAGGAAGUAACAGUGAUUUAUCUUCUCAUGUAGAGAAAUCUGAAGCAGUUAAGGAUGUUAAUGGAUGCUGUAGGCCAACAGAUACUCCUCCACUGCAUGAUCAAGAACGUGCCAAGAUGGACCUUGACAAGUUAGAUGAAACUAUUGACUAUGUGUUGUCAUUUGCACGGAGUGAUGAGCCAUGUGAAGGGAUGUUUGUUCUCUCUUGUAGGGCACGUGAGUUUGCGGUUACGUCGUCACCGAAUCUGAGAGCAAAUACUCCUAGUUCUGGACUUAUAACUUCCCCAACAAUUUCUCCAGCUCCAUCUCCACAUUCUAAUAAUUUGAACUCACCCAUACUUCAAACAUGUAAAGCUCAAACUGCCCUUCAGUCCAAUAAUUCAUGUAAUAUUGUUUCCCAACAGUCUAUGCAACGGUAUAUAGUUGACCAGACUCAUGGAAUUAUCCAGUUGUCAUCUAAUUCCCCUCAGUGUGUUUCUGCACAUUAUAGUAACCAGGGCGUUUCGUUUGUCCAGUUAUGUCCAGACUCAUCGACGAAUCCUGUGCUCCAAGUGACACAACAUCAUAUUGUUUCUCAGAUCGGCCAAACUUUAACAACGACGGCUGCUCAUGUCUUGUUCCAUCCUAAUGUGUUGCAUAGUUUUCAGAACCACACAGGACAACCAGCUCAAUUCACGUUACCACAUUCCACCUUAUCUACAGCCCCUAUUCAGCGAAUUCGCACACCCAUAUUGUCUCCAGUUAAAGCCAAUAUUGUACAAACCAAAAAUCAAAUAAACAAAACAUCUCUGUCAUCGGAUGCUAAUGCAACACCAUAUUCUAUGCCUAACCAUGUCCCAGAAGGUGGGAAUCCGUCUUUUCCAAAUCCAGUGUCUAUUAAUCCUUCAAAUAUUUGUGUUGUUCAGACUCCAAUGCAAUCUACGCAAUCCUUACUUGGUGGCGCUCUUAAUACGUCCGUACCCAUGGGGGCAAUGGAUGAUGCUAAGUGUUCACUGGCUGUUUCGGCCAGCGGUGACAAAAAAUGUGUACAAGCCAACACUUCGGUUACCUUUCGCCACCCCAUAAUUCCUGCUAACUCAAGCAUUUCUCUCAUUCCUGUUUCGUCUGUCGGCGUGACAUCUAAUCACACCCUUACCACAACGAGUAAUAUAAACACAACUUUCUGUCAAAGUACGACAGGUAUUUCAAGAAAGCGUUCACACUCUUCAGUACCAGGCAGUAACAAAAGAAGGAAAACCGUUGGUAGCCCACCGUUCCCUGUAAAUUCAAUAAAUAAGAACCCUACUACACAAGAAGCUUGCUCAACUAAUUCUGGUGCUCAAGAACAUAUUGACAAGCUGAAAGGUGUCGAUCCAAAACUGUUGGUCUCUGCCCCCACUCUACAACCGUUUUCUUCAGUGCUACCACCUUCAGGUAUGUGUGAUUCUGCAUCGACGGUAGCCACAGAGGACGUAUUUCUCCAGAUGCGAGGAUUAAAAUAUCUCCGUGGACCUAUGUCUCUUAAGUUACCGAAAUGUAUAGACUCAACUACCUCAAGCAAAGUUGUUGAUUCAUACCUCACACAACACCUUAAAUUAAUUUUACCACACAGUCUAAAUGUUUAUCAUCCUAAAAUUCGUAAUUUGCCAUCUGUGGAAUGCAAUUCAGUACGUGCCUCUCCAGAACCCCCGUCUUUUGAAAACAACAUGAAGGCUUUGUUCUCCAGAAUGAAUCAGUUUUCUAAACAGCACUCCAAAGAUAUUUAUAAUGAAAAGGUUAGUUAUGAGUGUAACAAACUCUCAGGUGAGUCGCUGACACCUCAGUCUCUUCUUCAUAUGUUCUCUCACAAUCCAUCAAAUUCUCUAGAAAGAACAGAAGCAGACAGGUGUACUCCUCCCCUUGCUUUAUAUCAUAUGCCCAACCCUCGUCUUUUGUGCCAGCCUAUUCACCUUGCUCCUUGCGUCGAAAGGAGUUUCCAGUCAGUAUGCAGUAGUAUUAGUGACUCAAAUGUAUCUGAUGUUAAGCUGGAAAAUAAUCUGUCGGGAAUUUCAAAUGUAUCCAACAGCGUGACGAAAGAGGUUUCUUUGUCCGGUGAUUUGCAUGCACGUAGUCAAUUCGUCGAUUUAGAAACUGGCGAAACAAUGAUAAUGCCUCAUUCAAAACCAACCGAGAAGUUAUUUGAUUCUACUCUAACUGAAAAUGACAAAUUGCAUAUCACUUUCACCGUCAAUCCUUCAACUGUAAAUAUUUCCAAGAUUAUUCAUCGUAUUUCCGAACUGUUGAAUGUUGAGGAAAGUUCUAUUGACUUCCAAAUCACCAGGUCAGGUGCACAGAUAACGCUAGAUCAAAAUCAAUCUCAAAGUGAAGUUGUAAUGCGCAGUCUGGAGACACAUUUAAGACAGCAGUUCACACCACUUUCAUUACAUUUUGAGAAGGAUUCGUCUAAAGAUGAGCUGUGUCAGGAAGUUCGUAGCUCUCAUUUAAUGCAGUGCAAUGUUCUGGAAAGCUCACCUAGCCUAAGACAUCCAUCGUCCAACAUACCUCAGUCAAAUCUAUGCAAAAUGGAGUGUGAUACCUCCGGAAAAACUGAUUGUAGUCUGUCGAGUACACAAGAAGCUUGCCGUUACACUGAAGAAACUGUAAGCGUUAAUUCUCUAGUGGCUAGUAGACACCGUUCUGUAAAAUCAUGCAAAGGUUGUGGUAAAGCGGUAUCUCCUAAUGUUCAGCGCAAGUGGUUGGAUGAUUUAUCCACAAUCACUGGAAUAACUAUGAGUUUGGAAAACUCAGUAGACUUUGUAUUUUGUUCCAACGAUUGCUUGUAUAGUUUUGCGCGUGUUUUAGCUUCACAUCACAAUAGAUGCUUGGAUACUGUACCAGAUCAUUCUGCACAAUCGGAUUUAUUAAAUAGCAACGGCUAUAAUUUUGAUCAGCAGCGACAAUUGAUUAUGACAGACUUCCCAUGUUCUAUGCCGAUUUUACUACAAAGCAGCUUAUCGAAGUCAAAAUCCUCUAAUCUAAAGCGCCAGCAUUCUCAACAAAGUGUUAGCAAUAAAAGGCGUUCAGCAAAUGCUUCUGGACCGCAAUCCAAACUCCGAAAAUGGCAAGGUAUUAGAUGGAGGUCGUAUUCAUCUGAGAACAGUCAUUCAUUCGAUUUAUCAUCGAGGUGUGUAUCGGAGAAUGACAUUACUAGUACCAUGAAAGCAAAUCUUGCAGUGAUGCGUGCCUCACAUUCUGAUGACAAACGAGUUUGUGUUUUGUGUCAGCAAGCUGGAGAUGCUCCGGAGGAUGGACCUGGUCGUUUGCUUCCACUUGAUGUUAAUAACUGGAUACAUAUUAAUUGUGCAUUGUGGUGUUACGAAGUGUAUGAGACUGUUGGUGGAUCUCUAAAUAAUUUAGAUGUCUGGUUGGCAAAGGCCAAAGAAACAAAUUGCUCUCAUUGUGGUUUGACUGGAGCCGGUUUGCCUUGUUACAAUCCCAAGUGUUCCUGUGUUUAUCAUGUUCCAUGUGCAAUUAAAAUUCGAUGCAUGUUCUUUACGGAUCGUGGCAUGUAUUGCCCUCAACACCAGACUAAGGAAUUCCAUCCAAUGCAGCUAUCUUCUCUAGUGGUAAGUAGGCGUGUUUACAUUAAUCGUGAUGAAAAUAGUCAGGUAGCCCGAGUAGUGCAUGAAGACAAUGAUAAACACAUAGUUCGUAUUGGAGGGGUAUCUCUUCACUCCGUCGGCCAGUUAUUACCCCAUCAAAUAGAUAGCGGAAAUUUUCACAAUCUUCGAAAUAUUUACCCUACAGGAAUGUGUGCUACGCGCAUAUACUGGUCAAUGCGCCGACCACGUGCCCGCGCAAAAUAUGUCUGUGAAAUAUUAGAAAAAGAUUGUCAUCCGUUUUUCCGCAUAACAGCAGUUGAUAAGGGUAUGGAAGAUGUGUCGGUUACACAUGAGACCUGUGAUGGAGCUUGGCAAAUAAUUCUUUCACGAAUUGAAUCGCUAUUUAAAGAACACAAAUUAGUAAGAGUUUUCCCACAGCUCUUGAAAGGCGAAGACUUGUUCGGAUUAAACGAAUCUCACAUAGUUCGCGCAAUAGAAUCACUGCCUGGUGUUGAUGGUUUACGGGAUUAUGUGUUCAAUUUUGGACGUCUAGAACUUAUAUCGGAGAUGCCAUUAGCUAUAAACCCAUCCGGAUGUGCACGAUCAGAACCAAAAAUGCAAACCUACUUAAAGCGCUUACAUGAUUCUGGUGAGUUUUCUUCCCCGUCAAGUCAUCGUACCGGAAUAUUACCAGGUGUACGACGUUUGCCUCAUUCAGGAUUUUGUGGAUUGAGUUAUAACAACAUGGAUAAUACAAUUUCAAAACAAUAUCAAAGUAAUCGAUUUCAACAAUACCGAAAACUAAAAAGCGAAGCGAAAUCUAAUGUUACACUGGGUCGUUCACGUAUUCAAGGGCUAGGUCUAUUCGCUGCACGGGACUUGGAAUCACAAACUAUGGUAAUUGAAUACAUCGGGGAGUUAAUUCGUCUUGAGGUAGCUAAUCGAAGAGAAAAACAAUAUGAAGCUCGUAAUAAAGGUAUCUAUAUGUUUCGUCUUGACGAGGAUACAGUAAUUGAUGCGACAGUUUGUGGAGGACUCGCUCGAUACAUUAAUCACUCCUGUCAACCAAAUUGUUAUGCUGAGCAUUUAAAUUUUGGCGAUCAUUCACAUAUUGUGAUAAUUACUAACAGACGAGUCAAAAAAGGCGAGGAGUUGUCUUACGACUAUAACUUUGAUCUUGAAGACAGAAGUGACAAAAUACCAUGUCUUUGUAGGGCUCCCAAUUGUCGAAAGUGGAUGAAUUAACCUUGUUUUAAAAACUAUCAUUUUUUUAUAAUAAUGACAAUUUUUAACAAGAUUAUGGUUGUAGAUAUUAUAGGCACUUACACUUUCCCCUUCUUUUUUAUAUUAAAAAACUAUGACCGGGUUUAGUGCUUCUCAGUAAUUAUUUAUCCAUGUAUACGUUUUUAGUGCCUUCCCAUGCUUCAUUUAAAUUUUGUACAUUGUUUUUGUUGGGUGCAACUUAUUAUUUUGUAUGCUCUCAUUCCUGUUAUUUUAAAUGUGUACAGUUUAUCUACCUUGAUUUAUUGGCGUUUUUGUGUAUCUUCUCAAUUUUACAUAUGGAUGGGGUGGCGGAGGGAGCCAAAGUGUGUGCGUGUGUGUCUGUUUGUAUACUUUGAGCAUACAUUGUGAAUGUACAGUGAAUUUUUUUAUAUAGAAAAAGUCUGAUCCUUUAUCUUGUGUAUUAUAUUUAUUUGUACAGACCUUUAUAAUCGUGUAUUUUGUUAAUUUCCUUCACAUUCCCCAAUACACUGUAUAUGUAUAUAUAUUUAUUUAAUUUAUUUUAUUCAAUCCGUUUAAGUAUCCUUUAUUUUUAGUUUUAUUUGAAAAGUUCAAACAUUAUUAAUAAUAAUAAUAUUUGCAGCCAAUUUUAUUUUGGUUUAUUUAUAUACCCUUACUUACAUAUAUACAUACAUAUAUCUAUGUGAAUACCUUCCUGGCUUCUUCUUAUUCUAGCAUUAAAUAGUGAUUUUGAGAAAUUUACUCAGAUGUAAUUAAUUUUUACGCGCUUCGGUUAACAGUAAAGUAAAGUAAAACCCUUUUUAACCCAAAAAGUGUUUUACAAUUCACUUCCUGUAAUUGUAUUUGUACACGCAUGCAUUUGAAUAAUAAUAAUAAUAAUAAAAUAUUGUUUUCUUCUCAGUCAAUUAGUCUUUUUUAAAGUUUGUUUUUUUUAGAGGCGUUCUCACUUCUUUUUCUUUUCUUUUUUCGCUUUUAUUUUGGUUAUCAUCAUGUCUUUAACGUUUGAAGUUGUGCAUAAAGGGUUACAUGAUUGUCUACCGCACGGAGUGUGUGUGUUGUGAGAUAACCGAUGUAGUUGUCAGGCGUUUCCGUUUAAACUAUUCAGCUAUUUCAGAAGAGCAAUAGUAUGAGUAGUUGUGUGUAGUUUAGCGUUGUGUUAUGUGAGGAUAGGAAAGUUAAUUGAUAAGGCUGUGUAGCUGAUUGAGGUGGCCAGGCUAUGCAGUGUUAUGCAUUCUGAGGUGUCGUCACCUUCCUAGACGAGUAAUGUUAACUGAAGUUGGAAAAGAGUCAGUAAAGAACAUGAUAUCAGUAUGUGAAGUGUUUGACUAUUUUGUUUUUUAAGCCAUAAAGAGAGUGCAGACUGUGUGACUAGGAUUUUCGAGUUGUGUCAAAUCAUCAGUUGGAAAUUGUUAGUGGGACUGGCUUGUAAUCGUCCUCGCCGGAGUGGGAGAUAUGUCCACUCUUCAUCAUCAGCCAACUUCUGAGAAUCAGCGCUAAUUUUCAUCUGAUGAUCCUCUUUCCCGUACAUUUUCGUCCGUUUUUAUUUAAAUUACAUUUCUUCUCUUUGCUUUCGUGUGAACUUUCGGUGCGUAUGUUUUUUGUAUGAUCGCAUGAACUAUUCAAGGAUGCCUAAGGCUUAUGUUGACUUCAAAAGACAUGUGAAUAGGUCACACGUCUACUUGAUACCAGGCAUAUGCUAAUCAUUGUAUUUUUUAGUUUCUAUUCAAAUGUUGGUUUACAGGGAUUCGAUUGGUUUCAGGAUUUUAUCAUGAACUGAUACCUUAAUGCUGCCAAAUCCCUGUUCCCCAGCAGUACGACUUCACCCACAGACACUCAGCCUAGCGCUAUGCCGGUAACUGGCUUUCAGUCUAAUCGCUAUCGUAUCAAUCUUCCUGGCACAGUAGGACCUUCAAGAACAUUAGUCCCAGCUAGUGCAGCUUGUUGGAUCAUUGU